AUGGCUGUAACACAAAGGCAGCAUCUUAAGCAGGCGGAACAGAAAACCGAAGUUCCUAGCUUGCAAGCCCUCAAAGAUGCAAUCCCAAAGGAAUGCUUUGAUUCAUCCCUCACUACCUCUCUCCUCUACCUGGCUCGGGAUAUCAUCUACUGUUCAGUUCUGAUCUACGCUGCCCUCCACAUCCAUCUCCUCCCUUCUUUGCCUCUGCGCAUUGUUGCCUGGGCUACCUACGGCUUCUUCCAAGGCUGUGUCGGCACAGGACUAUGGAUUCUUGCCCAUGAAUGUGGCCACGGCGCCUUCUCCAAGCACCAGGGUAUCAAUGAUUUCAUUGGCUGGGCUACACACUCCUUCCUCAUGGUCCCAUACUUCUCAUGGAAGAUUACCCACGCCCGCCACCACCGCUACACCGGUCACAUGGAGAAGGAUACCGUCUUCGUCCCUUGGACCGAGGAUGAGUUGGCGUCUAAGCGUAACGUCAGUAUUGAGCAGCUGAAGGACCUCGCCGAGGAGACUCCUAUUGUUUCUCUCAUGCAGCUCAUUGGACACCAAUUGCUCGGAUGGCAGAUGUACCUCGUUCUGAAUGUGACUGCUGGUGUCAAGAGUGGUCCUGACGGAACCGAGAAGGUCGAGUUUGCUAGCCACUACAACCCAUCCGCCUCAAUCUUCACUGCUGCCCAGUGGAAGUUGAUUGCCUACUCCGAUAUCGGACUGUUGAUCAUGGGCUCGAUCGUCUGGUACACCGGAUCUAUCAUUGGCGGGUGGAACGUCUUCUUCCUCUACGUUAUCCCCUACCUCUGGGUCCACCACUGGCUGAUUGCCAUCACAUACCUCCAACACACUCACCCCGAGGUUGCUCACUACACCGCCGAAGCCUGGACUUACACCAAGGGAGCCCUGGCUACCAUUGACCGCACAACCGGUUUCAUUGGCCGUCACUUCUUCCACGAGAUCAUCGACUACCACGUCGUCCACCACCUCUUCAGCAAGAUUCCCUUCUACAACGCCGAGCGAGCCACCAAGGCCAUUCAGCCUAUGCUCGGCGAAAACUACCACGAGGAGAAGGAGGAGGGCUUCUUGUACUCGUUGAUGAUGACUUUCCGCAAGUGCAUCUAUGUCUCCGAGGCCAAGGGCCGCGCUAGUGGACAAUCUGGAGUCCUGCACUUCGUUCUCGCGGAGGAGAGCAAAUGA